AUGCCACUAACUAGUGUCAAGCUAUCAGCUGAAGUGUACCUGCUGUUUACAACGUUCGCUCUAUGCACUGAACGUGAAGAGUGCGUUGCUCUACUACUCGGUACAUUUGAAGAAGACACUCCUGGAACUGUAGCAAAUGUCAAGAAUCUCCUCUUUCCAAGUGAAAGACGUGAAAAGAAGCGUGACCGUGUGGAAAUCUCUGAUGCUGAUAUGACAAGAGCCAUGUCGGAAGCAGAUCGUGCUGGAUUGUCUGUUAUUGGUUGGUGCCAUUCGCAUCCACACAUAACGGUCCUCCCAUCCCAUGUGGAUCUGAGAACACAGCUCAAUCACCAAGCAAUGGACGACCGAUGGUUUGGAAUUAUCGUUUCGUGCUUUUCGGGAAAGACGGGAGAUAUAGAAGCUGCUCAAAGGAUUCAAAUCAACUGCUUUCAGUCAAGGUCAACCGACAGUGCCAACAUUCGUAUUGAAGUACCACUAUAUGUGACACCAUCGUCUGGAAGGCCAUUAGAACACGAUGUCAUCACGAAGCUUGCUUGUGUUUUACCAGAGCUCUUCUUCAAUGAGGAAGAAACAUCUUUUCGCACAGCUUCGGCAUCCUUGACAGACAAGAUGUCGACCAGUUACAACAGCAAUCUGUACAUACAAAUGCUCACAAAUCUCAUCGACAAGUUAUGUGCUCCAUUACUUGCAACAAUACAACUUCGACAUCAACGCAACCUACGAGAGAUCGAAACCCUUCAAGCUCAACUAAAAACAUAA